AUGUGGUGCAUCAAUGAUCUCUCAACGUGCCCUAUUUAUAAGGAGCGUUGGUUAUACAUAUCAAAUUUGAGUAAAAUAGCAUUUGAGGACGGGGUGAUUGAGCGUCAAGAUUUCUUGAACGAGUUAUGUGAUAUAUUUUCUGAUUAUUUCGUUCGCCGAGUGAAAAAUGAAGAAAAGCUACCACAGUUACGUGUUUAUUUAUUGUUCUUGACACAAUUUUUGCGACAUAUCAACAACAAUUUGAUCCUCGCUCGGCGGCUAGCUCAUAUGAUUGCCAUGAAACUCCGAUUGUAUAAAAUGGAAUAUGAUGAGCAGAAUAACACUGUUACGAAAGGAGCGGAGGCAUUCACAGCACUCGCGCAGUGUUCAGCUUUUCGACCUGUUAUUCAUGUUUUGAUAGCGGUUCUACAAAAUAUUGUAAUUGAUGCACCCGCGGCUGUCAUCUGGAACAAAUUCAGGGUUUCAACAACGGAUAAACUUCCAUUUAUUUUGUCCCAGUUAUGUGGGUCACCUCUCGACUUGCUCCCAUGUGCAGUUCAUGAAUUACCUCUCACUCCAGGGAAAGACUCUGAACGAUUUGCGGAGCUUCUGAAGCUUCGGACGACGGAAAUAGUGCGUCGAAGUCAAGCUGUGCAGGAUAAAUGGUCAUUUAAUCAGAAGGAGCAGUUCGCUUUUGGUACGUAUUUGGCAUCUAGUUAUUUAUUUUACAUUCUUACUAAUUAUGCCCUACUUACUUUCUUUGUCCUAUUUAUCAUAGAUAGCGCUACUACGAGCUUCCUUGCAGCAAAACUGGUGAAUGGGUGCCUUGAUGUGAUCGGUAUCCUUGAUUCAACGGAUGUCUUCGAACCAAACAUACUGCCAGCGGUCACAACAAGGAUAUUCAAUUUCCAGUCUGAAAAUUGGGCUGAAGAUGUUCCUGAUAAGUAUUUUUUUUUCAGAAUAAAGCUCAUGCUGCACUGGGCUGUUACGGCCGAACGUGAAGGAAGUCAUAGAGCGGUCAUUGUGACCAAGGUCAUCUACAACCAAGUUCUCAAUCAGCAGUCCUAUAUGUUCGGUCCAUUCCACACGCAAGACAUUAUCCUUAAUUAUUUCUAUACGGAAGCACCUACAGUUGGAUCAAAAUAUUACCAUCAAGAAUUCGCAUCAUUGGUCACUUUAUUUAUUGAACUUUCCCGCUUCAAGUUGUUUGUGCACGACUGUUUUGUCAAGGAGCUGAUCAAAUCCGGUGAGCUUGACUAUCAGCGACCGGUUAUGGACAAGUAUAAAAAUGAGAACAAGACUACUGAUGUUAUCUCGUCAUCACUAAUUUCGGCUCAGUUCGAGGACCUGACACCAGAUGAGCCUCCGAAGCCGACCAGUUUGAUCUCCUUUAGACAAGAAGAAAAAGACGAACAUAUUUAUUUGAAUGAUCCAAUGUCCAUGAACGACAGAAUUCUCAUACAGAUGCCACUUCGUCAAACUGAAGAGCAUCGAAGCGAGGCGAAUCAGAGGGCCCUUGUUCUGUAUGGAAUGGAUGAUGUCAGAGAAAAUCAUAAGGCUGAAAUGAAGAAGAUUGCCAAAGAAAUAUGCAAAAUUUGGCAGAAGAAGAUCUACGUACAGUUUACCGAGGGUAAUGAAGUGCCAGUAUGCAAACAGUCCAUCAACUCACAAAAGAUUGUAGAAAUUCUUUCAAGGUUUCGGAGCCAGACAUAUUAUGAUCAAAUGAUGAUCUGUGGUUGGUGCGCAGAGUCGUUCUCCGAUAUGAUUCGUGAUUUUUGUAUUUGGGCAUUCACUGCAAAUGCCCACUUCGGAAGGCUUGGAUAUUAUCUGUGGAAUGUUCGAGGCGGCUCAAUACAUUUACGGGAUAUUUGA